AUGUACGCUAUAGGUGAAGAACUUUCCAUGAAUGCUGUUAGGAAAUUCAUGAAUACGACAUGGAAUUUUGUUACGAUGCCGGAUCUUUACUACAAUGAAGAGGGAUACUUUAUUGUUCGUUUUAGAAACAGAGAGGACAAGACUGCGGUGCUUAUGCGAGGUCCAUACACGAUUCAUAAGAAACCUAUCCUGUUACAUGAUUGGACUCAUAAAUUUACUUUACAGGAUGACAUUCUCAGGGUUUUACCGAUAUGGGUUAUGUUUCCCCAACUGCCUCUAGUGUACUGGGGUGAGAAAAGUUUAGGGAAGAUAACGAGCGCCAUUGGUAAACCUUUAAUGACCGAUGAAUGUACAGCAAAGAAACUUCGAGUUUCUUAUGCACGAGUUCUCAUAGAGGUUGAUGUCACCAAGGAACUUAAGCAAUAUAUCACCAUUCGGGAUCCUACAGGGGAGAAACUGAUGCAACAGGUGGAUUAUGAGUGGACACCCCCUUACUGCUCUCAAUGCAAUAAGGUUGAUCAUGUGUGUAAGCCAAAACCUGAGAAAUUGAAGCAAGUCUAUGUCCAGAAGCAGGUACUUCCAGUAAAGAAUAAGGAAACCAAGUCAGUUUUAGCACAAGUUAACAAUCCUGAGCCAGAGAAAGAGAUGCCUUGGAUCCCUGUUAGAACUGCUAGUAAAAACAGAGGCAAAGAUCCAGUGAUACAUACUGAAGUUAAUUGCUCGAAUGAGUUUGACUUAUUGGAUCAGGGUGAAUGUUCCACUCCUUUCCCUGUGCCAUGA